AAUUUCUGGUGGCUUGUGGGAAACUGGAGGUUUUUUUUUUUUUUACAGCAACUUCCGGAAGAUGGCGACGUGCAGGGGUUGAAUGUAUAUCUGUGGAAUUAUUUGUUUGAGACUGCAUUUCCUUGCCAGCCAUGGCUUCCCUGCUUCAGAUGUUCUGUAGACAAACUUCACUUUGGUGCCCACUUAUCAGGACACAGCGUGACUUUUUGGUUGGUGCAUCUCUACUUCGCUAUACAAACUGUAUCCCAAACAAGCAGGUAGAUAGAUGGUCAGAGAAACGGGCAAUGGCUGGCAUAUACGACAACAUUGGAAUUUUUGGUGACUUCAAGGUACACCCCAAGGAUCUGAUCAAUGCUCCUUGUUGGCUGAAAGGUUGGAGAGGCAAUGAGCUGCAGCGUUGCAUCCGCAAGAAGAAAAUGGUGGGAGAUCGCAUGUUUGUGGACGAUCUGCAUAACCUGAAUAAGAGGAUCAGGUUCUUGUACAAACGCCUGAAUCGCUAUGGUAAACACAGGUGAUGCGAUGCAGUAUGGAACCUGUGAUACAGAUUGAAAACCUACAUUUCAAAGUUAGUUUAUAGAAAUGUCAUCAUCUGCAGCAAGAACAUGUGAUGUGAUAUACUGAGAUGCAGAAUGUAAACUUUCAUAAUGACCUUGACAGCUGUGAACAGACUGGAUGAAUAAAAGUAUUAUUGCGAAUCAAGAAAA